ACUGAUUAAAUGCGAUUACUUUCUUCCGGCUUCGUAAUGUAAGCUCACCAAAGUCGCCAUUUGUAAAAGUUUCCUUGAUCACUGAGCGUUGAGCACCAAGAAACAUCCUAGGGAACGUUUGGAGAGGCUAUAUUUAAACCGUAAAAUAUAUCAUGGAAGUAAUAGAAUGUCAAUAUAGGUUGGGAAAUUAUAUUUAUACUAUCAGAGACUCUAAGGAUGUACAUGCUAAAUUGAAAAGUGAUCCUGUUUUUAUUACAGAGUAUAUUAAAUUAUAUGGUAAUCAUAUGGAAUUUGGAGUACAAAGUGUAAAAAUACCAACAGCAUGCUCGAUUUUAGAUACUGGAUUCGUUUGGACAAAAAAAGCAACGUUUUUGCUUAUAGAAGAAUACUAUGCUAGAAAAGAAAAGUUUAAAGAUACUACGAUAAAGAAGAAAUCAUUGUGGAAAGAAAUAGCACUUGUAUUUGAAAAGAAUAAUUAUUAUGUUUCUCCAUUAAAUUUAGAUAAAAAAUUUAGAAAUUUAAAAAGAACUUAUCUUAAAAUUCGCGAUAACAUUAAAAAAUCACCUAAGGAAAAGGUUAGAAUUACGUGGGGAUAUUACGAAUAUUUAAAAACUAUUUUUGAAGAUUAUAAUGUAGAUAACUAUAGUACGACAAAUAAAAUUGUAGUUAAGACUGAAGAUGAUGAAAAGAUAUCAAAAAGUAUUGUUCAUAAUGAAAACUCGUUAUCUGGAAAAUCUGUAGAGGAUGAUGAUUCUAUUUUAAUAUUAUCCGAUCAAUCAGAUCAAUCAGAUCAGUCAGAUCAAUCAGAUUAUUAUAAUAAUACUAAACAAAUUAUUGAUUAUGUAAAACCAAUUAAUAUACAGAAAAGAGUUAAAUUAAGGACGCAAAGAAAGAGACAAGUAAAAAAUUUUAGAGAAGAACGUCUUAGUUUAGAAAAAGAAAAGAUCAAAGAGCUUAGACGUUUGCGAGAGGCUAUAGAAAAUAAUAAUGAAAUACAGAGAGAACGUAAUCAAUUAUUCUCAUCUUUUAUAAUGAAUAUAUCAUAUGAAACAUUAAACGAAUAUAAGUUUGGAACUUCUUAUGAGAAAGCAUAAAUAAUAUAAAUUUAUAUUGCGAACAGGGUAUCAAAUGUGAGUAAGAAUAAAUUAUUAUAAAAGUAUAUCUUUAUGAGAUCAUUUUCUCAUUAUUAAUAAAUUUGAAUUUAAUCAAAAUCGAACCAAAGCUGUCCGAUUUGACCUAAUUUAUUUAUAAAUUA